UGCUUAGCAACGAUCAUGUUGCAAAAUAAACAAUCAGAUUCGGGCCCCUGUCUAGAACAAAUUUACUUAGUUAUUUUAUUACUUGUGUCAACAUUUUAGAUCGAUAUUAUUUGAUUAUUUACUCAUCGCUGGAGUAGGUAGCAUGUUUUUUUGAUAUAUUUUUUUAUUGGUAAGUUAAGAUGGUGUUGUUACCUGCGUGCGCUCCCGAACAAUGUGGGAAAGACUUUCGGAAUUCUUUGAAGAAACCGAGUCCCAACUAUCCUUAUGGAUACAAGACGAAGAAAGCCAGGGUGGUCCCUGCAUUCACCAUACAAGCUAUGCAGAAGAACACCAGAGUGGUACCACCACCGAAAUGCGGCGUGUUCGAUCCUCUGCCACCUCGUCCCACAAUGUUCAGGAAGUGUUACCAGCGAGGCGAGUUCCCAGUCUGCAUCGAGUUCACUAACUUCGGCAAGCGAUUGUCGUGGAAGGUGCCGAUUGAAAAAUUGGACUUCCACCACUACCUGCCUAUGUUCUUUGAUGGUCUCUCAGAAAAUUCGUAUCCCUUCAACUUCAUCGUGGAGAAAGGGAUUCACGACCUCGUCACCAAGGGCUCCUACAAAGUCUUGCCGGUAGUACCACAACUCAUCAUACCGAUUAAAAAUGCGCUAGCAACAAAGCGUCCUGCUGUCCUGUGCCACGCGCUCAAAUGCAUUCAGAUGCUAGUGACAGGCUGCGACAGGGUCGGCGAGGCUCUGGUGCCCUACUACAGGCAGAUAUUACCUAUACUCAACCUAUUCAAGGAUAAAAACCGUAAUAUUGGGUCCGGCAUCGAUCACACGACGACGCGAGGUGAGAAUGUGGCCGACCUAAUAGAGGACACGUUGCAAAUACUGGAACGAUACGGAGGCCCAGACGCGUUCAUCAACAUCAAGUACAUGGUACCGACAUACGAAUCAUGUGUAUUAAACUAAUUUGCUAGAUCAAGUAAUAAUCACUAAUCACUCUAUUUCUUUUUUGUUUUCUAUUUCAACAUAAUUCAAAAUAUAAUCAAAAAUCGUUAAGAAUUAUGUCGAUUUCGAAAAUGUAUUUUUUACUUCGGAGUUCGAAUACUCAUUUUUGUUAUGCACCUUGUGUAGGCUCAAAUAUAUUAAUCAGGAAGGUACGUAUUAUUCUUCUUUUCUAUAUUUUAAUUGUUUUUACUAUUAAAAUACUCUGAAUUUACGUAUUAUUCGUCCUUUUGACUUAUUCAGAGUAAGGACUUAGUUUAUGUGUGGUUUAAAGACAAAACAGCGGUGAACCGUAAACAAAUUAAAAUGCCACGCGUUCUCAAUUAAUGUUCAAUAAUUGAAUUUAAACAAACAUUUGUCAAUUGGCUUAAUUGAGUUAGGUAUGAAGCUUUGUUAUUCAAAAUUAAUUGUUAUUUUGUCACUAUUGUGACCUAAGAAUUCUAUUGAAUUGUUAAUUUUUACGUGUAACUUGUACAGUUCUGUGAUCUUGGUUAGGCUUAGUUUUGUUAAAGUUUGUGUUUUGUUUGGCAUGAAUAAUUGUAUUCAAUAAAUUCUGCGUGAUCAUUUAUCUGUGUUUAUUUUCG